GAAGGGAAGGGGAGGAGGGGGGCAGAGAGAAAACCGAGAGAGAGGGGCUAGUAGAUGUAGCUCUAGCAGUGGGCCGGGGGGUGAGCUACCUAGCCCGGGCUGCUCUGCCGAAACAUCCAUGGGUGGCUGUGUCGGGAGCCACCACGACUCCUCGGGCAGCUUAAACGAGAACUCGGACGGCACUGGAGUGGCUCUAGGGCGUAACCAGCCCCUGAAGAGAGAGCGGCCUAAAUGGAAAAGUGACUACCCGAUGACUGAAGGCCAGCUGCGCAGCAAGAGAGAUGAGUUCUGGGAUACGGCGCCAGCAUUUGAGGGCCGGAAGGAGAUCUGGGAUGCGCUGCGGGCUGCGGCCAGCGCCUUUGAGAGCAAUGACCACCUGCUGGCUCAGGCCAUCCUCGACGGGGCCAGCAUCACACUGCCGCACGGAGCUCUGACUGAAUGCUACGAUGAACUGGGGAAUCGCUACCAGCUGCCAGUCUACUGCCUCUCUCCUCCCGUUAACAUGAUCGAGGAGCGCUCUGAUGAGCCGGACGGUUCAGAUCCAGACUCCGGGGCGGCAGACCCAUCCACGGGAAGCGCCAGUGACCCUGGCUCAGGAGGGGAGUGCCAGCUUCGGCUCCGGCUCUCCACGGGUCGCGACCUCCGCCUGGCGGUCCGUUCCACGGACACAGUGGGCAUGAUGAAGCGUCGUCUGCACAGUCAGGAGGGUGUGCCUGCCGCAACCCAACGCUGGUUUUUCUCAGGUCGGCCGCUGACAGACAGGCUGCGCUUGGACCAACUCAACAUCUCCAGGGACUACGUAGUGCAGGUCAUCCUCAGCCAGCCGCCACAGCCAGAGCCGGUGUCAACACCAGGACACACACCAGAGGCCUGUGGGCCAGUGGCAGUGGAAGGAGUGUCUGCACUGCCGCAAGAGCCCACGCCGGUGGAGAAUUAACUCCUCCCAACCUGGCGGCCUGGAGGUGGGCAGUAUAAAAGAAGGAGGAGGAUAACAAGGGAGAAAGAAAGAAUGAAAGAUUCUGACUUUUCUCUUUUUGGUUUGCUCUCUUCUCUUCUCUUCUCUUCUCUUCUCUUCUCUUCUCUUCUCUUCUCUUCUCUUCUCUUCUCUGCUCUUGUUGGCUGUCUGCCAGAGCAAAAGGACUCUUGAAUUGAGAAAAAGACUCUUAACUUUUGGUUUUACACGUUGAAAUUUUGACCUUUUUGAAGUAUUUUUAACUGUUCCUAUGGAAACCAAACAACAAAAAGAGAACUUUGUCAGGUGGCGUAAAGGGUUUUCUUAGCAACACUGAUGUUCGAAUGUUUCUGUGUUUCAGUUUUCAUUCAAGUUCUGCUAUCUGGCAAAGCUCGGUCAGCAGAAUUCAGUUUAUGGGGCUACAGGGUUAUACAUACAUUUCCAUUACAGUACAAUUCAACACGGGACGUUCAGAAAGGAAGGAAUAAAGAUAGUUUAACAAUCACGACAGUUAUUCAGACAAUUCUUCUUAAUUAUAUGUGAAUCAAAUCAAGAACACUUUCUCACUCGGGGGUUCAGUCAGUAUGCUAACAGCUGUAAAGCAAGGUUGCUAGUUAGUUAACAGAUGUGUUCUCCCGCCUGUCAAGAGGUUGCUGUCGGGGGAUAGGACAAUGUGUUAGCAAGCUGCCGCUGGAUUAAACGCUUUAUUUCACUCUGCUUCACAGAACAAUCAUGUAAUAAACAUUAAGUAGU